AUGGAUCAAAAUGCAGUCCCCAGUAUAAAAAGAACUCCUCUGGUCUGUGAGUUUUGCCUCAAAAUAUAUACAACACUGAGCACACAUCUCAGGAGUAAAUGCAAAAGAGGAGCUUCCGCUACAGAAAUUGCACAAAUCUCUGAUAAAGCCCGCUGGAGCGCACUUUCAUUCCUGAAGAAUGGACGAUGUCUUGAUUAUGAAGAAUUUUCGAGAUUACAGAGCAUUGACAGUGUGGUUAGCUAUUUAGAGGCAAAGGGCCACUUUUUCAGGAAUAAGACCAUAUUACCACCAAGAUCACCUACAUUUGUAGCCAGGUCAACAUCUAUGAUAGUCCAUAAAGAAGAAUCAGCUAUGGUAGUCCCUGCUAACACAUGUGAUGAAGAAGUGGGAAGGUCUCAGCAAGCCAUGGAAGGCAAUAGUGAAGUAUCCAUGUCUAAAUGGACGGUGAUAGUGCGGAAGAACAUGCAGAAAGCUGGAAUGUAUGCCAAGCAUUCAUCGAAUACACCAUUACUCAGAGGUUUCAGGAAUUAUUUGUCCAAGACAUUAGGAGUUUGCAACAGUAAACAGGAGGUAGAAAAUGUUGCACGGUAUUUACAUUUCAUGGACCCACAAAAAGCAUCAAUGGAUUUUGUGAAAGACAUAGAAAAAACUAAUCUCUACUUCACAAAGCUGAGGGAACUUGGUCUCUGUAGCCAAACAGUAUUUAAUUAUUUAAAAAAUAUAAGAAGAUUUGUAAAAUGUCAAACUACGGCCACCAAUCUCGGAGCAAGUGACCCUGACCUAUAUCAAGCCUGUUGCCAUUUUCUUCAUGUCACUGACGCCAUUCAGAAAAAACUGAGUAAAGGUGUAUCACGGGAAACGGUCGUCAAAAAGUACAAAAGAUUGACAACAGACCACUUGCAGCCACAGGAUUGUCGUCAGCUGCUAGAAGUGGCAAAAUCAGAUUUUAUGAAUUGCAUCAAGAAGGCUGAUAUUUGUGAAAGACUGUCGGCCAAAGAUAAGGUGUGCAUUUUGCAUUAUCUCGAGGCUUUGCUAAUCCUAAAGCACCUCCAAAGACCUGGAGUGGUUGCCAAUAUGACUGUUGAGGAAUGGCAUGAGAGGGUUCAUCACACCUUCACAUCAGAGGGUGUAUCCGAAAUCCGUGUUGUUGUGGGAGUUAAACAACACAAAACGGCAACCCAUCAAGUGGCGACAUUUGCUCUCACAGAAGAAGAAGAAAAGUGGUUCAAAACUUUUUUUGAUGUGGUGCGACCUUUAUUAGUAAAGGGAGAUCAGCCUCAGAAAACAUUUUUUAUUUCAACAAAGGGAGAACAAAUUUAUAAUGUUACUAAUGAUCUUCGCCAGUUACAUGAAAAGUAUAAGCUGCUAAAUAUUACAAGCCAGAUGGUUCGGCGUACAUGUGAAACUUGGACAUUGGCAGAGUACUCAGAUGUUCAGAAGAGUCUCUUCACCAAGUACCUGGCACAUACCAAUUUGACAGCAGAUCGACAUUAUAGGGAAAAGACAUUACACAAUAUAUGUCUUGGCUCAAAACUGGUCACCCAGCUUGGAUCUAUGUCUAAACCUAUGGAGGCACAAGAAAGCACUUCAAGGGAUGGACUACAGGACAGUGACUCCAUAGAGUCACAUAAGAGAAAUUACUUCCAGAACCUGCUAAAAGAGUUCCCUGUAAACAUAAAACAAUCGAGACCAAAGAAAGUUGACUGCAAACGUAUAUCGCCAUUGUAUUGGCAUCACUGUAGAAAAGAAUGGACAGCUAAGCGUAACAAGAAAAGAGUGAAGCAUAUAAUCAGGGCAUUCCCAGCAAGGCGCCCAAAAACUGUCCAGUUGAAAAAGUACAUAAGAGAAAAGAAAUGGAAAUGUAGUGAAUUAGAGAUUAAACAGAUAGCUGAGGCAUGGAAGCCUAGGAAGUUACAGAACUGGAAAGACUGCAAGGCUCUGGAAGAACACAUCCGCUUGCAAAAUUGGAAAGGGCUGAAAACUACCACAGAUAUAGAAAGCGGUAUAAAGAAAGUAAUGACAGAGAGGGCUUUCCUUAAAGGGGAAGCAAUAUGUGACUUCCAUGGAGAACAGAUAAGUGCCAAAAAAGGCAGAAAAAUGCAAGAAAAUAAAAACUGUCAUGACCUCUUUUUUUAUAAGGAUACAGAAGGCAAGUCAUGGUGUAUCAAUCCAUCCUGUACAUGCCACACUCGGACAUAUUCCAAAUUAAUGUGGAAAUCCAGUACAGAAUUUAAUGUGAUUCCAAUAUACAAAAAUACAUUUGGCAUUCUCAUGCUAGCUGCAAAAAACAUACCAGCCAAUCAGGAGUUAACAUAUUAUGUUGCAAAAUAACUGUGGACAGUGGAGAUUUUUCUUUUAAUAGUUGGUUAGCAUUUCCUUAAAAAAUGGACUGCAAAGACAGUUUGGAAAACUCUGCAUUAUAACAUUAGACUGCCUCUUAAUUCUGCACAAAUAACCACUAUAA